AUGGCAGCACAGAUGCUCAGCUCUGCAGUGGCCCAGGAGGCGGUUAGCCAAGCCUUAUCAAAUUUGAAGGAGAGGUACGGGAACAAGUCAGACGGAAAGGAGCACAUGGAAAGGAUGGUGAUGGCUCACAUCAAGCUGGAGGCCGCCCUCGAGACAUCCAACAAGUGGAACAUCACCAGCCUGCCAUUGCUGCGCUGGCAGAGCAAGCUCAAGCGCGCCGUGCAGGAGUGCGACCACACCCUGCGCAGGUGCAAGCAGCGCUUGGAAGAAGAGGAGGACAGACAACACAGGCAAAAAGACCUUCGCUACGAUGGUAGCAGGACAAGCUCGUCAUCAGAGCCAUUGCCAUGUGAUGUAUACUUAGAACCAGUUACUCAAGUUCAUUUGCUGGGCCAAGUCGCCUUUGUUAGUCGGGGACAACCGACAGAGUGCACGAUCGUCAAUGGAGAAACGUGCCCCAUGAGAGGAUCUUCAUUUCUAAAACUCGGGGGGCACUUGUGGCCUCAUGCCUCUUCUGAAGAUAUGUUGCCUGCAGUUGGAGGUUCAGCAACAGAGAUGAUAAACAGAGAGGUAGCGCCAUGCGGCUUGUACGCAAACAUUUCUUUUGAGCAGCUGGGUGAGAUCAUGCUACCAAAGGCGGAAGAUUGCCUUGGCGGAAAUGUUGCAGCUACCUCAUAUCGAAUCUUGUGGAAUUCCAAGCAUGGAAGCGCAUACCUUCAAAGUGACAAGACCCCAUGGCCGCCCAUACCUUCAGUCGGAGAGACAGAGGUGGAAAAAUCAGAAACAAAGUCGGUUCAAGAAGGUGCAGCGCCCAUGGACAAGUGA